UGUUGCUAGACUAAAACAUAUUUCUUGGACCACGUAAUGGACGUCCGUCUUCCACAGGCAACGCCAUAUUGUACGAGAGAAGCAGGAAUUGCAACCACGCCAUUGUGAACAUCACGCUAAUCCUCCACUGUUUGCAUAAAUAACGAGUAAAAAAUUACUUAAAUGCAUGGACAACAUGUACAGUAAUAAUAUCGACCCUUGGGAGCCAGGGUAUGGACCUGAAAGAAGGGGACAUAACUCAGAUUAUGAUUAUCGUAAUGAUUAUGGAAGUAGUAGGUCACCAGAUUAUGGAGAACAUCGUGACAAUGACCAUCGUGACAGGGAUCAUCGCAGUCCAGAAUACAGAAAUCAUCGAGGCCGAGACAGAGAUCGUGAAAGAGAUCGCUCAAGAGACAGAAGAGAUCGUAGCAGAGAUGACAGAGAUCGUAGCUACAGAGACAGAGAGGAUCGUUACGGAAGACAAAGGGAUAGAGACUCUGUAGAAAGAGACAGAGAUCGUGAUCGUGAUCGCGAUAGAGAUAGAGACCGUUCUAGAAGAGACAGAGAUAGGGAUAGAGAUCGUGAUCGUAGAGGAAAACGGGAGGAAAGAGAUCGGGAUCGCGAUGAUGAUCAUAGCCGAGAAAGUAUGGAUUUUGAGCAUGACCAUGGACGUACUUAUGGUUCGUCCAUGGAAGGCAUCCACUACAAAUCUCAAUCUCCAAACAACACCAUAAUGAUUCGUGGGCUUGCUCAACAUAUUACAGAAAAUGACGUGCGGCAAGACAUCCUCAACUGUGGUCUCAUGCCCAAGGACAUCAGGCUGAUUCGUAAAAAGGAUACAGGUGCUUCGCGAGGUUUUGCAUUCGUCGAGUUUAACGCGACUCAGGAGGCCGCACGGUGGAUGGAGAUGAAACAGGGAGUACUGAUGCUGCAGGACCAAUAUCGUGCCUUGAUGCAGUACAGUAUACCGAAAGAUUGCCAUGUAGAUAAACCACCAGCAAAAAAUACACAAGAUUGGCAUUGUGUUAAGUGUGGUGCACAUAAUUUCAAGAGACGGGAAACAUGUUUCAAGUGUUCUGCUUCUCGAGCAGAGAGCGAAGAAGGUGGAGAGGGUAGCGAUGAGAUUAGUCCUCAUCCUACAAACACUGUUCUACUUCGUGGAUUGGACGUAUUGACGACUGAAGAUUCGGUCUUGCAAGCAAUGAAAAAUCUUUCGUCAAUGCCAAUACGUAGCAUUCGCAUUGGACGCGAUUCUCUCACUAAUACAUCGAGAGGUGUAUGCUAUUUAGAAAUGGGCAACGUGGUGGAUGCCAUGUAUUUACAUACAGCCCUCACAAAACAGGGAUUGGUAGUAGAUGGUAGAAAAGUGGAAAUUACUUAUUGCAAACUUCAUCAAAUAAAUAAUACCAAUACGUGGAAAGGAAAUGAUAACCAGCCGCAACGAUAUACUUUGGAUGAUGUUGCUCAAUUGGCGGAGUAUAGUGCCAAUUUGUACGCUAAAACACCUGCACAAAAAGCUCACUACCUUCAGUAUUAUACACAAUAUUAUCAGAAUCAAAUAAUGCAGGGAUCUGCAAUUACUUUGCCAUCUUUAAACCAAACUGAUCGAGUGAACGCAGCUGCAGCUGUAGCACAGUCUGCAAUACAACAAUUACAGGCAUCUAGAAAAUUAGGGGAUUCUGAAGAAAUGAAAAAUAGACCAACACCAACGGCACCAACUAGUACUGCUUUAGCAAGUGGAAGAGUACCCGCACAUGGCAGCGAUGGUAAAAUAUAUUCUGUACCAGAUGUUAGCACUUAUCAUUAUGAUGAGUCAUCAGGUUAUUAUUACGAUCCAAGUACGGGAUUGUAUUAUGAUCCUAAUUCGCAAUACUAUUAUAAUAGUCAUACGCAACAAUUCUUAUAUUGGGAUGCUGAAUCUUUUUCAUAUCAACCAGCAAAGACUGCUACAACCGUAACACAGGCAACAGGAACAACUUCGAGUGGAACCACAAUAACAGCUACAGCAAGUAGUACAGAUUCAACAAACACAAUUACUAAUCAAGCAACAUCUUCAUCAGUUACUACCGUGACUCAAGAAACGUCGAAAGAGGAUGAAGCUAAGAAGAAAGACAGCAAACAAGAUAAAGUAAAAGUAGCAAAAAAAAUAGCAAAAGAUAUGGAACGUUGGGCAAAAACCUUGAACCAAAAGAAAGAGAAUGCAAAGAGUAAUUGGAAUUCUGAAUUUGCUGGCGGUGAUGGCAAUCAAGGUGUUGGAAGCGGAGCUGCAGAUGCAGGAUAUGCUAUUUUGGAGAAGAAAUCUCUUGCAAAUUCUUAUCAUGAAGAUGAAGAUCAAAGUAGCAAUAAUGGCUUGGUUGCUGCCUAUGGUGGCGGUAGUGAUACGGAAGAAGAAAUAGAGGAUGUACAGCAAGAAGAAAGGCAACAUACAGACUGGAGUAAAUUAGCAUGCUUGUUGUGUAAACGACAAUUUCCAAGUAAAGAAGCAUUACUUCGACAUCAACAGUUAUCUGAUCUUCAUAAACAAAAUUUGGAAAAUUGGUAUCAAGUACGUGGUUUAGAUCCAAAUGAUCCACAACAAAGAAACAAUAAAUAUCGUGAUCGCGCUAAAGAAAGGAGAGCAAAAUAUGGUGAGCCAGAACCUCCACAACCUAAUAAACUUAAAGAAAAAUACUUAAAAACUAGAGUUGAAGAAAUAUCAGUAUCUUAUGAAGAACCAACAAGAGCUGGUAUUGGUUCAGAUAAUGUUGGUAAUAAACUUUUACAAAAAAUGGGAUGGAGUGAAGGAAUGGGUCUUGGUAAGUCAAACCAAGGUAGGACGAGUAUCAUUGAAGCUGAGAGAAGAGUUCCUACAGCUGGAUUAGGAGCAAAAUCGUCAUCGUAUAGUGCUUUACCGGGGGACACAUAUAAAGAUUGCGUAAAGAAAAUGAUGUACGCGCGUUAUCAAGAAUUAUCUGAUACAUAAUACAUUGAACAUCAAUGAAAAUAGAUUUUAUAUAUAAAUAA